CCGAGGCUGCCGAGCAGAGAGUGAGUGAGGCAAACACAACCCAAACUGGGGGGUUUCUCUUCAAAGCCAGCUGGUCUGGCUUUAUUCUACAGGAAUUUUUUACCUGCCGGUUUGAUCAACGAAGCCCUCAGCAGGUGCUGACGGGUACAACUUCCUGGAGAAGCAGAAGAAGGGCACUGGAAAACGAAACAAAAACAUGUUUAGCCUGAAAUUUCACCUUAUUAUGCCAGAAAAUACUGCAAAAGGGGAGAGAGGCAGAACUGAAACUAGUUACUGAGCUUCUGAGUUUGUCUCAGGCUAAACUUUGCUUGCCGAUUUCUGACUGCCACUGAAGAACUUCAAAACCCUUGGUACAUUUCUUCCAUGCAAGCCUAGACUCAUUUUUGGAGUCCCUAAAUCUCAACAGGGGAAAGGUGCCGAGCAAGAAUUGUAAACUGUGAAGUAACUACUAUGGGAAAGUCUAAGUAAAGCAUUGGAGGCGGAUGAUUUUGACAAUAAAGAGGGUGUAUGUGCAGGAACGGAUGCAGGGGACUGUGAACUGAGUAGUGCAAGUGCUGAAGAAGGAGGUUUGUUUUGAGGAAACGGGAAAGAGGAAGAAAAGAGAAGGGAAAAAUACAUAAUUUUAAGGAAGAAGGAGAGGAAAAAAAACGGGGACUAUGGGGAGAAAAAAGAUUCAGAUUACAAGGAUUAUGGAUGAACGUAACAGACAGGUGACUUUUACAAAGAGGAAAUUUGGGUUAAUGAAGAAGGCUUAUGAACUGAGUGUCCUGUGUGACUGUGAGAUUGCUCUGAUCAUCUUCAACAGCACCAACAAAUUGUUCCAGUAUGCCAGCACUGAUAUGGACAAAGUGUUGCUGAAAUAUACCGAGUACAACGAGCCACACGAGAGUCGAACGAAUUCAGAUAUUGUUGAGACGUUGAGAAAGAAAGGACUUAAUGGCUGUGACAGUCCAGACCCCGAUGCAGACGAUUCAGCAUUGAACAAGAAAGAAAACAAAGGUUGUGAAAGCCCCGAUCCUGACUCCUCUUACGCUCUCACCCCACGCACUGAAGAAAAAUACAAAAAAAUUAAUGAAGAAUUUGAUAAUAUGAUCAAGAGCCAUAAAAUACCUGCUGUUCCACCACCAAACUUUGAGAUGCCAGUGUCUAUCCCAGUGUCCAACCACAACAGUUUGGUGUACAGUAACCCAGUCAGCACACUGGGGAACCCCAACCUCUUGCCACUGGCUCAUCCUUCUUUGCAAAGAAAUAGCAUGUCUCCUGGAGUGACACAUCGGCCUCCGAGUGCAGGUAACACAGGUGGCCUGAUGGGUGGAGACCUCACAACCGGUGCAGGCACCAGUGCAGGUUGUGUGCCACAGCCUGUGAUCUGGGAAGAAAAGAUGAGCACAGAUUACAAAGUCUCUCCUAGCAUUUGUCUUCUUGGAAAUGGAUAUGGCAACCCCCGCAACUCACCAGGUCUGCUGGUCUCACCUGGCAACUUGAACAAGAACAUGCAAGCAAAAUCUCCGCCUCCAAUGAAUUUGGGAAUGAACAACCGUAAACCAGAUCUCCGUGUGCUUAUUCCACCUGGAAGCAAGAAUACAAUGCCAUCAGUGAAUCAGAGGAUAAAUAACUCCCAGUCUGCUCAGUCAUUGGCUACUCCAGUGGUUUCCGUAGCAACUCCUACUCUACCAGGGCAAGGGAUGGGAGGAUACCCAUCAGCCAUCUCAACAACAUAUGGUACUGAAUAUUCUCUGAGUAGUGCAGAUAUAUCAUCUCUCUCUGGGUUUAAUACAGCCAGUGCUCUUCAUCUUGGUUCUGUGACUGGCUGGCAACAGCAACACCUACAUAACAUGCCACCAUCUGCCCUCAGCCAAUUGGGAGCUUGCACUAGCACUCAUUUAUCUCAGAGUACAAAUCUCUCCCUGCCUUCUACUCAAAGCCUCAGCAUCAAGUCAGAACCUGUUUCUCCUCCUAGAGACCGUACCACCACACCCUCGAGAUACCCACAGCACACGCGCCAUGAGGCUGGGAGAUCUCCUGUUGACAGUUUGAGCAGCUGUAGCAGUUCCUACGAUGGAAGUGACCGAGAAGACCACCGGAAUGAAUUUCACUCCCCCAUUGGACUCACCAGACCUUCGCCGGACGAAAGGGAAAGCCCCUCUGUCAAGCGCAUGCGGCUCUCUGAAGGAUGGGCGACAUGAUAACUUUAUUAUUAUUAUUAUUAAUUAUUAUUACCUAUUAGUUUUGGGUUUUUUGUUGGUUUUUUUCUUUUCGUUUUGUUUUCCUU